AUCAGACUGAAGUACACCGAAAGAUGCAUUUGUCUUUCGCAUUCGUGGCGACUACGUUGCUGCUCGCUGCACCUUCGCUAGCAUGGUUGCCAAAUCACUGUCUCCCUUGCGCUCUGCUAUGCAAAUACAACAAGCAAGGAUGCGAGAAAGCCAACUGCUUCAGGGAAAAGCCAGGCGGGGUGAGUAGCCUCUACGGACUGAGUAUCUCCUGGGUUCAGUACGAAAUCUGUUGGCUGACAAGAGCAGGGUGUGGUCACUUCCAUAUGCAAUCUCGUCAUUCACAGAAGGUAUGCUGAAGACCCUCAGGCUCGUAUGCCUGCGAUUGCUAUACCAACAACCGUAAUCACUGCGGUCAAAGGUGGUCGGACGACAGAUGUGGAAAGUGCGAGUCUUGAUCACGCUGUGACCAGCAUCACCUAAACUGUAGCUGCUCUUGAACGCAACUAUCACGAACGUCCGAUCUCCAAAUACAAGAACGGCAUAUUCGAGAGCUAUCGAUAAGAUCGAAC